UCUCGGAAUAGCCAUUUUCAUCUCUCUCUCACUCUCUAUAUCUUCAAAGUAGUAGUUGAAGUCUCAAGGAAACUUUCAAGAAAAUGGCAUUGAGGCCGAUUGAUAAUGCAUUGCCCAUAACGGCGGAACGACCCAAAAAGCAAGCCAAAAUCUCCGCUCCACCCCAUAAGGAGAAGCCCAAUUUCGGUGUAAACGAUGAAAACAAUGUGCCUAUGCCACCACCCAUAACUGCAGAUUCCUCCAUUGACUAUGUCCCCUCAGAAAAUCUGAAACCCUUCCCUGAUCCAGAUAUUAAAAUUCAGGGUCUUGUUGGAGGGUUAGAGUCAAAAGAUUGGUUGAAGGUUUGUGAAUCACUGAAUGAUGCUAGACAGUUGGCACUUUUUCACUCCAACAUCUUGCUUCCAGUUUUGGAAAAGGUGAUGCUGGUUAUGGUGAAGGCUAUUAAGAAUCCAAGAAGUGCUUUGUGCAAGACCUCUAUCAUGGCUUCCUCGGAUAUCUUCAAGGCCUUGGGGGAAAAAUUACUUGAACCGGCGAUCUCUAACAUCUUCGACAAUUUGCUGUUGCAACUAUUGCUGAAAGGUUCUCAAGACAAGAAAUUUGUUUGUGAAGAAGCAGAUAGGACACUGAAGACAAUGGUGGAAUCCAUGAGCCCUCUUCUUUUGCUUCGUAAACUCCGGGCCUAUGUCGGCCACUCUAAUCUCAGAGUCAGAGCAAAAGCUGCAGUUUCAAUUUCUAACUGUGUAUCUAAGAUGGAUUUGGAAGGGAUGAAAGAAUUUGGGCUGGCUGAACUGAUUCAAACUGCUGCAAAUUUGUUAAAUGACAAACUCCCGGAGGCAAGAGAGGCGGCUCGAAGUAUUGUGAUUUCUUCAUACGAAGCACUUGUAGAGAAUGAAGAACAGAAGCAAGAGUCUUGGCAAAGCUUUUGCCAGUCUAAUCUUCCAGCAAUUCAUGCUCAAGCAAUAGUCAAAAUUCCUCUUAGUGGGAAAAUGGAACCAUACCUCGAUUUGUGAUAAUCUUUUCUGUAUUGUUCCAAUUUUAGUAGACGUCCCCCAAAAGACCCUAUUUUAGUUGGAUUUGUUUUAACAUUGAAUUUGGAAGUAGCAUCUAUUUAGCUUAUGCUCUGAAGAUGAAUUUAGGAUUCCUUCAUGUAAAUAACAUGUUUUACAUGAUUUGUAUGUGAGGAAAAUAGUUUACUAUUUGGUGGUAUAUGAUCAAUUCCCUAAUUCUUAAA